AUGGUGGUUAUGGACCAGACUGGACCAAGUCUUCCAGGGCAGCCUUCCCCUGGAGAUCUCGUCGUCCAUCGAAGAAAUGAGGCCAUCCAGGCCGCAGCGCAGCCGACCGGAGACGGCGGUCUGCUAUCCCAACUUACGAGCAACCCUUUUUUCACAGCGGGAUUCGGUCUCGCGGGACUUGGAGCUGCCCUAGGAGUCGCGCGUAAAGGCCUUCGACAUGGCGCGGAUUUGCUUCGACGACGGAUGCUGGUGGAGGUCGAAAUCACGCACAAGGACGAUUCAUACCCGUGGUUCCUACAUUGGAUGACACUUUAUCAACAAUCGCAGCUUAGCGCAGCACAGUCCGCAGCCAGCAGGCCCGGUUUGAUGGACACGCUCAUGCGAAGACUGACCCCCGGAAUGCGCCAGCUUUCCAUCCAAACUCUGAAAAAAGAGCAACCGAACGGCGCAAUUCAUACGCAUUUCACGCUGGUCCCAGGACCCGGAAAACAUAUUCUACGCUAUAAAAACGCCUUUAUUUUCGUCAAUCGAAUGCGAGAGUCUAAAUCGCAAGACAUAACUACUGGUCGGCCGUGGGAGACAAUCACCCUGACAACACUCUACUCGCAGCGCCACAUCUUCGAAGACCUAUUUACGGAGGCUCAUAACUAUGCUGCGAAAUCGUACGAGGGAAAGACUACGAUAUACCGUGCCGAGACGAGCUCUUGGACGCCAUUUGGGGAACCGCGACGCAAACGUCCGUUGGAAUCAGUGAUACUGGAUAAAGGUGUGAAGGAGCGUAUUGUGGAAGAUGUCAAGGACUUUUUGUCAAGUGGGAAAUGGUACCACGACCGUGGAAUUCCCUACCGCCGAGGAUAUCUCCUGUACGGGCCACCAGGGACUGGCAAAAGUUCGUUUAUCCAGGCUCUAGCGGGAGAACUGGACUAUGAUAUUGCCAUCAUGAAUUUGAGCCAGCGGGGGAUGACUGACGAUCGGCUCAAUUACCUAUUGACUAUUAUUCCUAAGCGGACGCUUGUGCUGUUGGAGGACGUAGAUGCAGCCUUCUCGAACCGCCGAACCCAAACAGACGAGGAUGGUUAUCGCGGGGCAAACGUCACUUUCUCCGGCUUGCUAAAUGCCCUGGACGGCGUAGCAAGCGCCGAAGAGCGAAUUGUUUUCCUCACCACAAACCACGUGGAGCGGCUUGAUGCGGCUCUUGUUCGCCCUGGACGUGUGGACAUGACUGUACGUCUAGGUGAAGUCACUCGCCAUCAGGUUGGCUGUCUCUGGGACAGGUUCUAUGGCGAGCUGGACACGACUGGAUCAUAUCGGCAAACAUUCCUCAACAGGCUCCAAGAGUUGAAAGUUCUUGAAGACGAGAACGGCUUCAAAGCCGAUCGGUCAAAAAGCACGAGCGCUGCAGCUCUGCAGGGCUUAUUCCUGUACAAUAAAGGGGACAUGGAGGGGGCCAUCGCCAUGGCCGAAGGGCUCAUUCAAGGAGUCCAUGAUGGGGACGGUGAGCCUUGA